GGCGACGUGCAUUGCCAAAGAUGCCAGCCAUCGAGGGGAAAUCUACAUAAAUACGCUGCCGCCGCGCAAAGUGCAAUAUUCGCUUCCAUCUUGUUCGUCACAGACACAGUCACACACGCCCAACAGCAGCCUGCCCCUCCCUCCUCCUCCUCCCCCUCCUUGUCCUUCACCAUGGGCGCCGAUCUCCCUGAUACAAUCCUCACAAACCUCUCGGUCGGCUUCUUCGUCCGAGGGGUGAAAGCGUACCCUUUCCACAUUCUUGCCGGCAUCAUCGUGCUUCGUCUGCUCUACAACAAGUUCUGCCGCGGUAUCACCAAGGUUCCCGGACCCGCUUUAGCCGCCUGGACCGGUCUCUGGCGGUUCGCCGACGUCAACAAGGGUGACGCACACAACACGGCCAUCAGACUCCACAAGGAGCACGGAAAACUCGUCAGGAUCGGUCCCAGCCAUGUCUCCGUCAACGACCCCGCUGCCAUCCCGGUCAUCUACGGACUCAAGUCGGGAUUCACCAAGACCGCCUUCUACCCCAUCCAAUGCAUCAGCUGGAACAAGAAGCCGCAGAUGAACCUCUUCUCCACCCGCGACGAGCAGUACCACCGCGACCAGAAGAAGCUCGUGGCCAACGCCUUCUCCAUGACCGCACUUCUCGACAUGGAGCCGUACGUGGACGCCUGCACGACGCUGCUGAUGUCGCAGCUCGACUCGCGCACCAAGUCUGUCGACCUCGGCGAGUGGCUGCAGUACUACGCCUUCGACGUCGUUGGCGAACUCUGCUUCAACAAGAAACUCGGCUUCCUCGAGACCGGCGGCGACGUCGACGGCAUGAUGGGCACCAUCGCCGGCAUCCUCGAGUACGCGGCAAAGAUCGGACAGAUCCCAGAGCUCCACCACAUCCUCCUCGGCAACCCGCUGUUCCCCAUCCUCCUGCCUAGCAUGGAGACCUGGAACUCCGUCCUCACGUUCACCCUCAAGGCUAUCAACACCCGCUGCUCGAUCCAGCGCAACGGCGAGCUCGAGGUCAAGAAGGACCAGGUCGGCGGCAAGGACAUGCUUUCCAAGUGGGCGUCGGCCAAGCUCGGCGAUCCCCUCAAGAUCGGCACUCGGGAUGUCAUCGUGCACCUGAGCACCAACGUCUUUGCCGGCUCCGACACCACGGCCAUCGCUCUCCGCGCCAUCGUGUACCUGCUCCUCAAGAACCCCUCGAAGAUGGAGAAACUCCUCGCGCAAAUCGACGCCGCCGACGCGGCCGGCCUUCUCAGCAACCCGGUCUCGUACAAAGAAACGCAAACGCACCUCCCGUACUUCGGCGCAGUAAUGAAGGAAGCGAUGCGAGUGCACCCUUCUGUCGGCCUUCUCCUCGAGCGCCACGUGCCCGCAGGCGGCGCCACGAUCUGUGGCGAAUUCAUCCCUGGCGGCACGAUCGUCGGCAUCAACGCGUGGGUCCUGCACAACAACGCGCAGGUGUUCCCUAACCCGGAAAAGUUUGAGCCCGAGCGCUGGUUGGAGAGCUCCGACGAGAAGCUCACCGAGAUGGAGAGGAGCUUUUUCGCCUUCGGAGCGGGGUCAAGGACUUGCAUCGGCAAGAAUAUCUCGCUCAUGGAAAUGUCAAAGGUUGUCCCGCAGCUGCUGAGGGAGUUUAAGGUAUCCCUGGCGGACCCCGGGAAGGAGUGGAAGACCAGGAAUAUGUGGUUCGUUCAGCAGAGCGGGCUGGUGUGUAACCUGGAGAGGCGCAAGUAGUGGGUGUCACGGUGUGAUUUAUUGAUCGGUCGAUGGAGCGUUGGGUUUUGUGAUUGCGGGGGUUUUGUCGGUUUUAUCUUUUUAUGAGUUUCUUGUACAUACAUACCAUUUCGAGC